ACUUAAAUCUGGCGCCAUUUUGCGUUGCCUAAUGACUACAUGUAUGACGCAUUGAAAUAAAGAUCACACGAGGUGCGAACCCACGUGGUCAGACAAGUAACAGUUAUCGUAGUAAAACAGUGUGUGAUUGUCAUAAUUUUUAGGACUACCUCGAGAAGUAUUCUCACGAACCAGCUUCUCAAAUAAAGAAUCGUCCUGGCUAAGUACUUGUGUUCAGCCAUGAAGUAUAUUUUGGUGACCGGUGGCGUCAUCAGCGGAGUGGGGAAGGGUGUGCUAGCCAGUAGCGUCGGUACCAUCCUUAAAUCCUCCGGUGUGCGAGUCACCUCCAUCAAGAUCGACCCCUACAUCAACAUUGAUGCUGGAACAUUCUCACCAUAUGAGCAUGGUGAAGUGUUCGUACUUAAUGAUGGUGGAGAAGUUGACCUUGACCUAGGAAACUAUGAGAGAUUUCUGGACGUGACAUUGCAUCGGGACAACAACAUCACGACAGGGAAGAUCUACCAGCACGUCAUCAACAAGGAGAGAAGAGGCGACUAUCUAGGAAAAACUGUACAAGUUGUGCCACAUAUCACUGAUGCCAUCCAGGAGUGGGUGGAGAGAGUAGCCAAGGUCCCAGUUGACGGAGACAAAAAGAUGCCAGAAGUUUGUAUAAUAGAGCUUGGUGGCACCAUCGGAGACAUAGAAGGUAUGCCAUUUGUAGAAGCAUUCCGACAGUUCCAGUUUCGAGUUGGGAGGGAGAACUUUUGCUGUGUCCACGUCAGCUUAGUCCCUCAGCCGCGGACGACGGGGGAGCAGAAGACAAAGCCCACACAGGCCAGUGUGAGGGAGCUACGUGGCCUGGGACUUUCCCCGGAUCUGAUUGUUUGUAGGAGUACCAGCCCCCUUGCUAACGAGUCGAGAGAGAAGGUUUCCCUCUUCUGCCAUGUGGCGCCAGCACAGGUGAUCUGUAUACACGAUGUGUCGUCCAUCUACCGUGUUCCUCUACUGCUGGAGCAGCAGGGUGUCCCUGACUUCUUCAUCAACCGGCUCCAUCUCCAGGCCCCCAGAGUGCAGUCCCAGCGCCUGCUGUUGCGCUGGAAGGAGCUAGCGGACAGAUACGACCGGCUGCUGAAGGAGGUCACAAUAGUGUUGGUGGGGAAGUACACGAAGCUGGAGGAUUCCUACGCAUCUGUUGUCAAGGCUCUCAAACAUGCUGCUCUAGCUGCUAGUCACCGACUGGAUCUCAAGUAUAUAGAGGCUGCCCAUCUGGAACCAGCCAUGCAGCAUGACGAUGCACAGUGUUACCACCAGGCCUGGAGGGAGCUGGUCGGGGCCAAUGGCAUCAUCGUCCCUGGAGGCUUCGGUAGUCGCGGCACCGGGGGGAUGAUCAUGGCUGCCAACUGGGCCAGAAAGAAGAAGAUCCCUUACCUGGGGGUGUGUCUGGGGCUGCAGUGUGCUGUCAUAGAGUUCUCCAGGAAUGUCAUAGGCUGGGAGGAUGCUGACUCUACAGAGUUCAAUGCAAAAACAUCCAAUCCUGUGGUGUUCGAGAUGCCAGAGCACAACCCGGGCCAGAUGGGAGGGACCAUGAGACUUGGACAAAGGAAGACUAUCUUCACGUCGCAGGACUGUUUACUUAGGAAGUUGUAUCAUAACAAGGACAGUGUUGAUGAGAGACAUCGCCAUAGAUACGAGGUAAACCCCAAAGUGGUAGAAGAACUAGAGAAAAAUGGAAUGAAGUUUGUGGGACGCAGUGAGGAUGGAGAACGCAUGGAGAUCAUGGAACUACAAGAUCAUCCCUACUUUGUUGGCGUGCAGUAUCACCCCGAGUACAUCUCCCGACCAAUGAAGCCUUCUCCGCCCUACCUGGGGCUCCUCCUGGCUAGCUGCGGACGCCUGCAGUCAUUCGCUAAUCGUGGCUUCCGACUCUCCCCUAAAAUGUCCUAUUGUGAAGACGAAGAUGAACUGUCCGAUGAAGAACUCACCAAUAUCACAUCACAGAUGAACAAUGACACCUCAAACUCGAGCUCAUCCUAGAAGGUGUUCGGUCAAACUGAUACAGUUUCAUGCAUCUUGACACGCUGGAGCAAAGUGGGA